AAACUGAAUGGGCGUAUCAUUGCUUUUGGUUGGAAUUGAUUGUGGAGGGGGCAACAGGUAGUGUGGUCGGGUCCUGUUUCGUGUGCUUAAUGCGCCACUACUAAAUGUGAGAGAUUCCAGACGGUGUUGGGGCUGGGCGGCCAUAGGACUUUGCUUUUAUCAGUUUCAUUCCAAGCGUUUUUGGUGCAUGGCUCCGCUUCUUGUUUGAAGGCAGGGUUCGCGCCUGGAACUCCAGUUCUGAGCGUGUUUUCUAGUAUAAAUUUGAUUUUUUAUGACAAAAAUUAAAUACAUGAGCUGUUAAAAUAAAGAUCCAAAUCAAGCAACAUAUAUGAAAUGAGAGAAUGAUGAGGCCUUUCUGCCGUCAUAGAAGUCCCAAAAAUAGGGUGAGACUAGGUCCACGGACGUGUACUUCAAGAAAGCACCCACAAAUGUGUUUAGUGAAAAAAUUCUACACCAGUGUUCGUUACACAUGCUUAUAUUCGAUCCAAUUCACGAACUUUUGAAAAAAUAUAAAAAAAGAAAGAAAACGUCCAAAUGCACCCAAGAGAAACGGCCACUCCAUUGUUGUACAUGCGCCUCCUCUGGGUGGGUUUAGCUUUUAUGUGCUUGCAGGCACUUUUUCUUUUCUUGAUGGGUUAAGCAUAUAAUUGGAAGUCAGAACACCAGUCUAAUUAAGCCCACUUCAUUUAUGGUGGGUCAUGGGAUUUUCAGUUGGUCGCUGUUGGAAGUGUGAUCUCCCAACACUUCAUUAGCCGGCUGAAAGCCACCUUCAAUCAGCGGUCAGACACCCAAUUUGGAUUUGGACAUUCCCCAUCAACAGAUACAUUUUCAGGUUACGAAGAUCCGUUCCAAGCAAACGAAAAUGAUACUAUUUGACAACUAUAGUACAUUGCUAACAUCAGUAUAUGAAAUGAAACAACAACAAUAAUAAUAAUAAUAAUAAUAAUAAUAAUAAUAAUAGGGAUCGAUCCUUCGAUGAUACAAUCCUGUUUAUCAUCCAACGUUCCACAAACUUGUGUGUCCAAAUUCCGAAGUAGCACCCACCUCUCAUUUCUCUCAUAUUUGCCGCUGCGGAACACUACAUUCAAGCCGUAGGUUCCUUUAGUGGAAAAUCCGCCAACCUCGGGUUUUUCUCCAUAAACACAAACAGACAGAAACACUCUCCCUCUGUCUCUCUCCUCAUAUUGAAAAUACGUAGUACAAAGAAUCACACGUUUCCCGUCAAAACCGAUAUCUUUUGUUUCCUUCCAUUCUGCAAUAUCAAUCUUUGUUGAAAAUUCCAUGCUUUGGUGCACUUUUAUGGGAUUCUCUCCCCUUCCAGAUAGUUUUUCAUUCUUUGCUUGUUUCAGGCCUUAACCUUUGGUUGGUUUAAUUACAGUUUCUUUCUUUUUUAAUUUUCCACCCACGUUUUGAUUGCUUAUCCGAGUUUCCUAACCCGUUGUUUCAUGGAUUUGGCGGCGACUCUGAAAAACAUUCUUGGUUUCUAGUUCAGGGUCUUUUGACUUUCUCAAAACAAAUCCUUCAUUAGUCAUACCUAUCAGCCAGUCAUCUGUAACAUCAGAAAUCAAUACAAAGCCCCUAGUAUUAUUGUCUACAACAAAAACACUUGGAGGUUGCGAAACUACCCGAGAGUUUUGGAGAUGCAGCAGCAGCAGAUGGGGUAUCUUGAGGAGGAGAUGAAAAAGUCGCAGGCGCAAUUAAGUGUAACCGAGAAAGAAAGGGAUCGAGCACUUGAUGAGCUGAAAGAGAUGAAAAUGCUGGCUUUGGAGGCCAACAUGAGGCUUAGUGAGGCGUUGUCCACCACGAAAGUUGAGGAGAUAAAAAUGGAGCUGAGCUCAGUGCAGGACUCAUUGUCGAUUGCAAGUCAAGAACUUGAGAUCAAAGAAAAGAAUAUCGAGUCUUUGAAAAUCGAACUAGCAAAGGCAAAGGGUUUGGAGAAAAAACUAGCACAGAGAGAUGCCUCAUUGGCCAGGUUAAAAAUGGAGUUGAAUAACUUGACAAGAUCUGAGGCUAGUGCGAGAGCCUUAUUGCCUGAAAGUAGGAAAAGAAUUCUGGAAUUAGAGGCAGAAGUAGAGAAAGAAAAGGAUUCUGAUAGGAAAACGUUUGAUUCAUUGGUAGCGCAGACAAAGCAGCUCGAGCAAACCAAGAUUCUGCUUGAAGAGUCAAAGCUUGAGAUUGCUUCUCUUCAUGAGAGUUUGAAAAUAUUGGAGGGCUCAUCCGGGCAAAGUGUUCCAAAUUCCCAAAGUUGCAAGGACGAUGAUCUUGCUUUGCAAAAAACAUUUGAGAGUUUGGGUCAUGGACAGGAGAGUGAGAAAACUGCUUCCUUGAAGGGAAAGGGAACGACUCUCAUGGAGGAAAUGGAUUUGCUAAAAAAUGAACUGAAGUUGGCAACCGAGGCAGAAGAGAAUGGGAAGAAGGCGAUGGAUGAUUUAGCAUUAGCACUGAAAGAAGUUGCGGCAGAAGCCAACCAAGUAAAGGAGAAACUCGGAGUAACCCAAGCAGAGCUGGAGUACACAAAAGAGGAGGCAGGGAAUUUGAAAAUGAUGCUAAAAAGCAAGGAGGAGAAGUAUGAAAAACUUUUGGGUGUGACAAGGAAAGAAGCUGAUCGAUAUAGAAACAAUGCAGAGAGGCUGAGAUUAGAAGCUGAAGAUUCACUCUUGGCAUGGAAUGGGAAAGAAACCGGCUUUGUUGAUUGUAUCAAAAGAGCCGAAGAGGAAAGGUUUGCUGCACAAGAAGAGAGCAGAAGACUGCUUGAGUUGCUCACAGCAGCUGAGAAUAAGGCCAUGGCGUCCAAGGAAGAAACUCAGAAACUGCGUGACAUCCUUAAACAAGCCCUGAAUGAAGCUAAUGUUGCGAAAGCAGCAGCAGGGAUUGCCAGGGAUGAGAAUUCCCAGCUCAAGGACAGCCUGGCUGAAAAGGAGGAUGCCUUGGAUUUCCUUACUCGAGAGAAUGAAAACCUUAGGAUUACCCAUGCCACUGCUUUUGACGACAUCAAAGAGUUGAAGAGGUUGCUUUCUGAAACAUUAACAACAAAGGAGGUGAAGGAGGACAAGAGUAAAUGUUCAAAAGAAGAAGAACAUAAGGAAACAGGGAGAAAACUGAAGACUCAAAAUUCCAGGGAUAAGGAACAUUACAAUGGCACUGUAAUGUGCACAGCUUUCGGUUUCAGUCUCAAGGACCUGAAGCCUCCCAGUAAACAUAAGGAUCAUGUGGAGGGUGACCUUGAGAAUGAUGAGUCACUUGGGGGCUCAAUAUUCGACACUAUAGAUCAUUCACCAGAUUCAACUUCCCAUAACAGCAAAAAGCCCUCGCCUGUAUUCCAAGAUGAUGGGGAAACAGUACAUCUGGAUGAAACCCAUUUUGAUGACUCGGAUAAUGAUAGAAACUUGAGAAAAAAGAGAGCAUUACUACGAAGAUUUGGAGAUCUAGUAAGGAGAAGAAGUCUUCAUGAAUGAAAGGAGCCAUGGAUUGAAUUAGAAACCUUUUCCAGCCACUUGGUUUUGAUUCUUGUCCAUGCACUUAGUUUUGAUAAAAGAAAUACUCCCUCCAUAAAAUGAUUAUACAAAAGUAAUUUUAUAAAUUGACGUGAUUUAAUGUGAUUCGUUAGAUUAUAAAGUUACUUUUAUUAUAAAGCA